AUGUUAGCAGCCCUCGUCGCCCUCCUAAUCUUCUCUGUUCAUGAUGUGGCGUUGGAGCCAACCAGCUGUAGUUACCAGGAUGUUUUAAACCACCUGGGCCUGAACCGAAGCAAUGAACUAUUCUCCAUGACGCGGCCGGUCAAGCACUACAUGAGGCCCACUCGUGUGUCGCUAGAGUUGCUGCUGUUCGCCAUCCUUGAUGUGAUAGAGAAGGAGCAGAAAUUCAUUCCUUAUGUUUGGACUGUCAUGAGGUGGCACAACGAACACAUCGCCUGGGACCCGCAAAAAUUCUGUGGGAUCAAUAACGUGUCUGUUCCCAUUAACCUUUUGUGGAAGCCGGAUCUCACCAUCGAGGAGACGACGGAGAAGGACAGAGCCCCGGUGAGUCCUUACCUGACCAUCAGUGCCGAUGGCCAGGUGGAGGUCACCAAUGACCAAGUGCUGGUCAGCGUGUGCCGCAUGCAUAUUUACAAGUUUCCCUUCGACAUACAGAGAUGCAAUCUCACCUUCAAGUCCAUCAUACACUCAGUUAAGGAUAUACGCCUGCAGCCCAGCGACAACUCAUCCGAGGCCACCGAAUGGUCUCGCGACUUGAUGCGCACGCAGUAUGAAUGGAUCUUCCUCAACUUGACAGUGACCACUAUCAACGCCAGUUGCCCAGAACACCAGGAUGUCAUUGUCUACACGAUCACCAUGAGGCGGAAACCCAUCCUGUAUGUCGUCACCUUCCUGCUGCCCGUCCUCUUCUUCCUUGCUCUAGACUUGGCCUCCUUCUUCAUCUCUGACGUUGGAGGUGAGAAGCUGAGCUUCAAGGUGACCGUCAUGCUGGCUGUCACCGUUCUGCAGCUCAUCCUCAACGAGAUUCUACCUGCCUCCUCCAACUUCGUCCCUCUCAUAGCCGUGUACUGCAUCGGGAUCUUCACGCUGAUGCUACUCAGCCUGCUGGAGACCAUCUUGGUGAUGCACCUGGUGGAGAAAGACAACAUAAGUGACACGGCCACUGACGGGGAGGGAAAUAGUAAUGUGCAAACCAGUUUCAACAUCCAGCACGGAGAGCUGCACACGAUGAACCAGUGUGGAAUCAUUUAUUCCAUGCCUGAAACUCCAACAGAACUGGUGCCCGUAACUAAAGAGGUUCCAAACGGUGCCACAGCAACACUAGAAAGGCUGUCCGAUGAGCUGAAGCAGCUGAUUUUGGUGCUCAAAGGCAAGAGAGAGAAGAACAAGUCGGGUCACUGGACACGUGUAGCAGGCAGAAUUAACAGAAUCUUCUUCAUCUUCUAUUUGACUAUGGUCAGCGUCUUUUUGACUAGUCUCUUUUCCAAGUGGACCAGUGACUAG